AUGUACGGGUUGGCUUUGCUGUAUAUUGUACUCAACUGUGGCAUUUCUCCCUCCAGUCUGACUACAGCUGGUCCCCUGCGCCAGGCUGCAUUACCUCAGAAUAGAAGAGCCCUUGGGAGGUGGCUGAUAUCUCACAGACCUGUGAGGAGACAAUGUGGCUUUCCAAAUGAAGUUCUGCGUCGCAGUCUGGCCCCUCUGGCUCCUCUGGAGGCCCCUCCUCCUCACAAACACGGAAGCAGCAUGGCGGCGGCCGACAGGCAGAGAGCUGCACGGCAAAGACUCCAAAUCAUCACGGGCCAUUUACAGAGACCCACGGAAGACCAACUCAUCACAGCUGCAGAAUGCAAAGCACCGGAGACCAAGGCACAGGAGCCCGGCGAGCAGCGGACCGUCCCGAGGAGGAGGCAGGACGUUAUGAAAUGGAAUGGUUGGGGUUAUAGUGACACCAAAUUUAUCUACAACAAGAAAGGGCAAGCAGAAUUCACUGGAAAAAGGUAUAGACUAAGCGGUAUGAUCAUUCCUGGGCUCAAAGACUGGAUGGAAGGCACAUUUGGAGCAAGUCUGCAGCACAAAACCCCGGCAACACCUUUACUCAAUAGCUCAGCUCUACAACCUCCAACUAUGAAUGAGGCCUUUGCGGAGGACUUAAAAGCGACACCUAUUCCAUUCUCUGUGGAAGCAGAGGACCGAGUGUUCCGUGCUCAUGGUCAUUGCUUACAUGAGAUCUUUGCGCUGCGAGAAGGAAAGAUUGGUCGUGUCCCUGAUAUGGUAGUGUGGCCAAGUUGCCACAAUGACGUUGUCAAAAUUGUAGAGCUGGCUUGUAAACAUAAUAUAUGUUUGAUACCAUUUGGAGGAGGGACAAGCGUUUCCAGUGCUCUAGAGUGCCCCUCAGAGGAAACUCGCUCCAUUGUGUCCUUGGACACUUCUCAGAUGAAUCGCAUCCUGUGGGUCGAUGAGAAAAACCUUACCGCCCAUGUCGAAGCUGGCAUUGUAGGUCAGGAUUUGGAAAGACUGCUUAAUGAGAGCGGCUACUGCACAGGGCACGAGCCUGACUCUAUGGAGUUUAGUUCCUUAGGAGGUUGGGUGGCGACCAGAGCAUCCGGCAUGAAGAAGAACAUAUACGGCAAUAUUGAAGAUCUGGUGGUCCAUGUAAAGAUGGUGACCCCGCGAGGUGUGAUAGAGAAGAGCUGUCAGGGCCCCAGAAUGUCCACCGGCCCAGAUGUCCACCACUUCAUAAUGGGCUCCGAAGGAACUCUGGGUGUGGUGACUGAAGUCACUCUGAAGAUCCGGCCCGUGCCAGAGUACCAGAAAUAUGGAUCCGUUGUAUUUCCAAACUUUGAGCAAGGUGUUGCCUGUCUACGAGAAGUGGCCAGACAGAGAUGUGCUCCAGCGUCAAUACGACUUAUGGAUAAUGAACAAUUUAAAUUUGGUCAUGCACUGAAACCCCAAGUAUCUUCCAUUUUCACAUCAUUUUUAGAUGGCUUGAAAAAAUUCUACAUCACAAAGUUCAAAGGCUUUGACCCCGACCGCCUGUGUGUGGCCACCCUGUUGUUUGAGGGCAACCGUGAGAAGGUCUUGCAGCAUGAAAAACAGGUUUACGACAUUGCUGCAAAAUUUGGGGGCCUGGCAGCUGGGGAGGACAAUGGGCAGAGGGGCUACAUGCUGACCUUCGUCAUCGCGUACCUUCGGGACUUGGGCAUGGAUUAUUAUGUAAUUGGAGAGUCAUUUGAAACCUCUGUGCCUUGGGACAGGGUUUUGGACAUUUGCAGAAAUGUAAAAGCCUGCAUUGUUCGAGAGUGUAAAGACAAAGGAGUGCAGUUUCCUCCACUCUCCACUUGCAGGGUCACUCAGACUUAUGACGCUGGUGCUUGUGUCUACUUUUAUUUUGCCUUUAACUACAGAGGACUCGGUGAUCCCGUUCAUGUGUUCGAACAAGUGGAGCAUGCAGCUCGAGAGGAGAUUCUUGCCAACGGAGGGAGCUUGUCACAUCAUCAUGGAGUGGGGAAACUUCGUAAGGAGUGGAUGAGAGCGACUGUCUCCGAUGUGGGUCUGGGGAUGCUCAAGUCUGUGAAGGACUACGUUGACCCCAAUAACAUCUUUGGCAACAGGAACCUCCUGUAA